GAACUUGGUGUGGUAUGGACUGGAGGACCCAGGUGAGAAGAAUUCCUCUCAUUAUAGCAUCGGAUGCAGUAGGCAUGGCUAUUCCAGUUGAAAAAAUUCAUUGUGACUUCGGAAUUCCACCCCCGAAAGGAGAAGACAACACCACGAUCAAUUGUCCGUCAGAGAGAUCUGUCUACGAUCCACGUCCUAAUUCUCAGCCCCGGCGCCAUAAUAUAACCUCAACUUUGUCCACGUGUCGCUAUUAAUUUAAAAGACGCUCAACGCGGGGUGUGAAAUUCGGGAUUUCGAUCCCGAACCUGACUGUAAACGUUUCGCCGG